ACUAUGUCUGUACUGAGAAGACCUGACGGAACCAUGACAGGUACCGAGUGAAGAAUUAAUAACGGAAUAUCAAGAAAAGAACACUGCGUGUGUUCCGGAGGCGUUCGCAGUUCGAGUGAGCACCUUUUGGUUCGGAGCGCACACAUACGCACGCAUCUGAGCAGCGAUGGGCGCUUGGACGCUGCUGCUGUACCUACUCGCCAUUGUGAGAGGCAGCCUGGGGGCGGAUACUGAAGAGCGGCUGGUGGAGCACCUGCUAAACCCCGCCCACUAUAACAAACUGAUCCGCCCAGCGACCAAUGGUUCUGAGCUGGUGACAGUUCAGCUGAUGGUGUCACUGGCCCAGCUCAUCAGUGUGCACGAGAGAGAGCAGGUCAUGACCACCAACGUAUGGCUCACACAGGAAUGGCAGGACUACCGUCUGACUUGGGUCCCUGAGGAGUUUGAUGGCAUGGAGAAGGUCAGACUGCCUUCCAAACACAUCUGGCUGCCCGACGUUGUGCUGUAUAACAAUGCUGACGGAAUGUACGAGGUCUCCUUCUACUCCAACGCGGUGGUCUCCCAUGACGGCAGUAUCUUCUGGCUGCCUCCAGCCAUCUACAAGUCAGCCUGUAAGAUCGAGGUCAAACACUUCCCCUUCGACCAGCAGAACUGCACCAUGAGGUUCCGCUCCUGGACCUACGACCGCACAGAGAUCGACCUGAUCCUGAGGUCCGACGUGGCCAGCAUGGACGACUUCACACCCAGCGGAGAGUGGGACAUCAUCGCCCUGCCGGGGCGCCGCAACGAGAACCCUGCCGACCCCACCUACGUAGACAUCACCUAUGACUUCAUCAUCCGCAGGAAACCUCUGUUCUACACCAUCAACCUCAUCAUCCCCUGUGUCCUCAUCACCUCUCUGGCUAUCUUAGUGUUCUAUCUGCCCUCUGACUGUGGAGAGAAGAUGACCCUGUGUAUCUCUGUCCUGCUGGCCCUCACAGUGUUUCUCCUGCUGAUCUCUAAGAUCGUCCCCCCCACCUCCCUGGACGUUCCUCUGGUCGGGAAGUACCUGAUGUUCACCAUGGUCCUGGUGACCUUCUCUAUUGUCACCAGUGUGUGUGUUCUCAACGUGCACCACCGCUCACCCACCACACACACCAUGCCCCCCUGGGUCAAGCUGGUGUUCCUCAACAAAUUGCCUGCGCUGCUCUUCAUGCGCCAGCCCCAGAACAGCUGCGAGCGUCAGAAGCUGCGCCAGCGACGGAGGGGCCAGGAGCAGAGGGAGGGGGGCAGGGAUGGGGGCUCUGCCGGGGUGAUGGUGGGGCUGGGGGGCGGAGGGGGUGGCACGUAUAACAACGAACCCUGUACGUGUUACGUGAACCGGGCGUCGGUGAAACAGUUUGUAGGGGAGCUGGGAGGGGGAACGGGAGGAGGAGGGGGAGGGGGGUCGAUGGAGGGGCUGAACGGGCUGAGGGAAGACAGGGAGGGGGGGCAGGGGAACCGGCCCAGGGGGAAACAGGUAGGAGGGGGCCCAGCCCUGACCCAGGCCGUGCUAGGACAAGCCUGCCCUGGGUUGGAGGAGGCUGUCGACGGGGUCCGCUUCAUUGCCAACCACAUGAAGACUGAAGACGACGACCAGAGUGUGAGCGAGGACUGGAAGUAUGUUGCCAUGGUGAUCGACCGUCUCUUCCUGUGGAUCUUUAUAAUUGUGUGUGUGUCCGGAACGGUCGGGAUGUUCCUCCAGCCACUGUUCCAGAACUACACUGCCAAGACCAUCACCAACACCAAUGGCUGACCAACCAGGUGCCCAGCAGCAUCGAUGGACACCGCCCCGACCCAAUCAGCACAGCAGGACAGGGGCAGGAGGGAGGGACCUGCCCAGCAGGGGAAGUGGGUUUUAUUAAGUCUGUGGAACUAAAUUGGACAGGAGCCACACCUGUUAACCUUUAUAGCCUUUCUACUGAACUGUUCUGAACUGAAGAACUAAACUUAACACCAACAUCGUAUUAAAGAUCAUUUUUUUUCCAGAGGGAUAAAUGGAUGGACAACUCUUCCCUUUUUCCCAGAGGAAGGUGGAGUUAUGCCUCUCCUCUCUCCCUCUGAGUGACAAGCGGCAGAAGCCAAUCAGGGAGAGAGGACAAUCUCUAAAUUGUUUGACAUCCUGUAGAACGCUACGCCAGCCAAUCAAUGCUCUUCAUUCCAAGCUGACUGUGCAAGCUUACUGAGAGUAUAUUGUCGCACCUUAACUGGUACAGAACUUAAUGCUUCAGUAACAGAACCUUGAUUGGAAACUGUGUCAACCAAUCGGGAAAAUGUAAAGGCAAGUGGGGGGUUGUCAAGGUUCAUAAUUGUUUUUCCAAGCCACUUCUGUUAAGCCAACUGAUAGUACAGUACAGUAUAUUUUACCAUAGCAUAGCAGUGUACCACAGUAUAGCUUUAAAUAUAAUGUUAUUGCGAUUUCUCCGUGUCUGUUCCUGAGAGAAAGGUAGGGUGCAGUGGUUUGUUGUAUGAUUCUCUUUGCUUUUAAAGAAGAAUGUGAUAUUACCUGUACUACACAGUCUGUGACGUGCACACUAACACUAUAUGAGGAGAAGAGACAGAUCGUGAAGGAGAGAGAUGAAAGAGAGAGAGGGAUAUUGACAGAGAGUUAGAUGGAAUGAGAUGAAGUAGUUAUAGUGAAUCCCAAACCGCCCCCUCGCCAAUACCAACUCCCUCCGUUGUCACGUGUUGCUGACGAAGCUCCGAGGGUGACUUCCAGAGAGUGGUGAUGGGAUCAAUAAACCCACCGGGACCAGUCUCUGAAUCAGACAUAAACACAUGCACGUGGUAUAUAAUUAGACACGCCUCUCUAUUUUUUACAAUUCAAUUGUGCUAACUUCAGACAUAUAGCAGUGAGUGUCGGGAUAGUACGUCGCUCUGAAGCCUGCAUCCAUGCUGGCUAGGUCGAAGUGGCUAUAGGAGGAUCUAAUUAGCCCCUACACCCCCAUAAUUUUCACUCCCUCAGCUUUAGUACACUUGUGCAAAUGGCAGAGGUGGAGAGGCAGGGGGUGAAGGGGCAGGGGGUGAUUUGGGAUUCAACCUUAGAGGGGCAGCAGGGUAGCCUAGUGGUUAGAGCAUUGGACUAGUAACUGAAAGGUUGCAAGAUCAAAUCCCCGAGCUGACAACGUACAAAAUCUGUCGUUCUGCCCUUGAACAGGCAGUUAACCCACUGUUCCUAGGCCGUCACUUUUUUCCAAGAUGGCGUAGCAGUCGGACGUGUGUUUUGUCUUGUCCCGUCCUGUAUAGUGUAAAUAUAGUUUUUUUUCCUCGUUUUUUUCUGUAUAUAUUUCGUACAUAUUUUAAUCUCACUUUCCAACUACAGGCUGAAUAUACUCUCCUGCAACCCGCAUCACCCAAUGUGGUACGGAUCUGCUUUUUCUAUACUUUAGAAUCGGAACCCUCAUCAGAAGCUAGCCAGCUAACUAGCUACUAGCUAGUAGCUAGCCACUGCUAGCGGUCUUCAACGCUAACUAGGACACCAGCGCGACAUCUACCCAAAGCAUAUCAGACUGCUUUUUCUCUACCACAUCUCCGGAUUCCUACCGCAAGCUCUGAACCUUUACACCGGAUCAUCGCAACUAGCUAGCUGCAAUCCGAGUGGCUACUCCUGGCUAACGUCUCUGUCCCAGAGCAAGCACCAGUUAGCCUGGAGCUAGCCUCGAGCUAAGCCCAUCUCCCGACUAGCCGAAGAGGUCCAACAAUACCUAUUUUGCCAAUUGGCCUGGACCCUCUACUGCCGACACGGAGCCCCGCCGAUCCAUCACGACUGGUCCGCCGACAUAAUCGUCCGAGGGGGUUUCAACAGGCUUUUCCGCUGAGACAUCGCCAAAGAUCCAUCUGCUGGCCAAGGCCCGCGAGCUUUCUGAAUCGCUGUAUCUCCAGCUCACAUUUACAUUUAAGUCAUUUAGCAGACGCUCUUAUCCAGAGCGACUUACAAAUUGGUGCAUUCACCUUAUGACAUCCAGUGGAACAGCCACUUUACAAUAG